GGGGCUGGUUUUAUUCUAAUAACGAAACGUCCAACCCGGAAAAAAAGACAACUCUUCUGUACUCCGAUCACGCAAACAAACAGAGGAGAGUGUAAGCGGCUCGAUGCCCACAGGACGAUUUGUGCCGUUUAAACACACGAUCACAACUUUGUUCUGACAUGCUCGUUAUUUCCCAGCCGCGGGGCUCUCUGCGCUCGUGCGCGGCGUGGGGCGCUGGCUGCGCCGCAAACUGACUCCACGGCGGGGACAUGUGAUAGCAGCAGCAUGCCGUACGUGGACCGGUUGAAACGCGUGUGCGGCUUCCUGGACGUCGAGGAGAAGGAGAACAGCUGCCGCUUCCAGAGGCGAUACUUCAUCCUGGACACGCAGGAAAACGUUCUGCUGUGGUAUAUGGACAACCCUCAGAACUUGCCCAGUGGAACUAGCUUUGUCGGCAGCCUGAGACUAACCUACAUCUCUAAGGUGAGUGAAGCCCCAGUGAAGCAAAAGCCAAAGACAGAGUUCUGCUUUGUAAUCAAUGCGGUGUCCCGGAGGUACUUCCUCCAAGCCAACGAUGUGACUGACAUGAGAGACUGGGUAGCUGCUCUCAAUAAAGCCAGCAAGAUCACUGUUCCUAAAUCUGGCCCUGCACCUCUGAGGUCCGAUGUGACCGCAGUAGUCAGCGCCACUCAGGGAGGAAGGAGACAGCAGGCCUACAAGACCGAGAUCAUCGGUGGCGUGGUGGUGCACACGCCCAUCCAGAAUGAAAGCGAAGAGACCGAAGCAAGGGAGAGGAAGGGUAACAGACCAGGAGUGUUGCGAUGCGGUUACUGUGUCAAACAAGGAAAUGUGAGGAAGAGCUGGAAGAGGAGGUUUUUCACCCUGGAUGACAAUGCAGUCAGUUACUACAAGUCUGAGAUGGAUAAGGAGCCUCUCCGCGCUGUCCCACUGAGGGACAUUCAGAAGGUCCACGAAUGUCUCGUCAAGUCAGGAGAUCUGCUGCUGAGAGACAACCUGUUUGAGAUCAUCACCGGCUCCCGAACCUUCUACAUUCAGACAGACUCUCCAGAGGAGAUGCACGGCUGGAUCAGGGACAUUGAAAUGAAGAUCCAGGACUUCAGAGGCCCCCCGAAGGGUUUUUCAUUUAGACGCGCGUCCUCUCUCUAUCGGAGUCACAACGCGUCCUCCGCCUCUCGGGGCCAGCAGAGCGAGGAGCGCCGGCCCGCGCUGGUCAAGUCCUGCUCCGUGGCACCGGGCUGGCAGCCCUGGACGCCCGUCCCUCCGUGUGAGCCCUUCACCCCGGACGCAGAGGAAGAAGACGGCGCUUUCGGCCCUGUGACCACGUUGCCUUCGCUCUCCUCCUCCUCCACCUCUUCCUCCACCUCCUCCUCUUCCAAUUCCCUCUCCGCCGCGACCAGCUUCCCCGGCACCAACGCGGCAGCUCCGGCCGGCGGGCCGGGCAUCCUGGCGGCGGUCAGAGAUGUGGCCGGCGGGCGCCGACGCCACCGCUCGCAGCCUCAGCCUCACAGCGGCUGCAGCUUCCCGUUCAGCCUGGACGACGAUGGCAUCCGCACCACGGACGUCUGACUCCACACUUGGUACCUGCUUCAACAAUGAAUGUGACUCGUAGUUAAUAAUAAUAAUAAUAAUAGUAGUAGUAGUAUUCCCUGCUUAUGAAGUGACACUGUGACCACCUACCUCGACGCCACAGGGUGAGAGGGGGGGGGCCUCCUGCUGGGCUUGUAGUAUACGCACCCAGCUGGAGGCGGAGCAAGAGGCGCAGUGUUUGUUGUUCACAGGACCGUGAAGAAGUUCGAUGGAAUGUUUUUAGUACAACUUCCUCUGAAAACUUGAAUAAUCUUGGUGUUAAUUGUUCUUCCAGGCUAAGAAGUGAUGGCACAUGCUUUCAGUCUGUUGCACUUUGGGGUCGUAACUCAAGACCGUGUUUUCGCCCCGGCUAAAAGUGUUCACACAAAAGUGUUUAUGGCAUUUAAACACAUUAGCAUCCAUUUUGUUUAUAUUCAAGCUCCUCUUCACAAAAUAUUUUAGUUUGUUUGAGGCCAGAAGUGUUUUUUUUUCCCUCUUUCGUUCUGAAACGCUUGUUAUGUGGACUAUCAACUUUUCUUCAUUAAUAAUUAACAAAUAUUUGUUUACUAACAUCUUCUCAGUUGUCUGCGUGAAAGUGUAAGUGUCUCAUAAAAAGGUACAACUGAAUGAGGGCUUCUCUUUUCACGUGUUCGCACCGUUUUAACCAGGUGCUUUAAAUACGUCAACUGUCAGUAAACUGUGACUCCCCUCUUUGCUUUUAACAGGGUACCGUGAUAAUACAGCAGUGUUGAAAUGGUACUUGUCCUAGAAUGUACAGCCACCAACAAUUACAGCUGACCAGCUGGUUGACAGCUUUGUAAAUGUAACUUUCAUACUGCAUUAUGUGGGAAGAUGUGCCACUUCUGGUAAUUUGACUGUAAAUUCUGCACUUUGCUUGUCUCAUUUUUACUUGUGUUUUUUUUUUUUUUUUUGCUUCUACAGCAGAUAUUACACUUUCCUCUAGAAAUGAUACCUCACAUACGUGUAUUUCCACCAGUAGACUCAGCCUUCAGGUUCCCCUCAAGGCGUCAUUGAUGUUGUACCAUGUUCACGACUGUUUCUGAAGCUGUGUGCACUCGUCUGCCUGCAUUUAGCGCAUUUUCUUUCUUGUACAUUAAAUGAUGCUUUUUAUUUGU